ACAGAGGCAGCAGUGACAGAGACGAUGAGGCCGAGAAAAAAUUAGCGGAGAACCCUAGAAGUGGUAACUUCAGAGUAGUAUUGCAAGGGGCUCUGGUUCAAGGUACUUCACUAUGAUACUAAAUGGAUGCACAAUGCCCUCUGGGUGUGGCCUUUUGAAUUCGAGGGCGGGUAAGCCCACCAUAGCCCGUGGCUCAUUCUUCACAUGCAUUUCUUGUUUGCCUGCUAAGGCCACAUUUUCAAGCAUGAGCUCAAGGGGAUCUCAUCAGGAGGGUAAGCCACUCUUGCACCUUUCAGCUGCUUCAACCCCACUUUUAAGUGGGGAUCAAGGUAGCCUUUUACGCACAAUCCCCUUGCUACCAAGGCGACACAGAUCUCAUAUGACCCCUCGAGCAUCAAAGGAUGUUCCAUACAGUUUCCGCUUCCCUCCAAUGACCAAGAAGCCAAGAUGGUGGUGGAGGGCAUUGGCCUGCCUCCCCUAUUUAAUGCCUCUCCACGAGACAUGGAUGUAUGCUGAGACAGCAUAUAACCUGCACCCCUUCUUGGAGAAUUUUGAAUUCUUAACAUACCCAUUUCUUAUUGCCAUUGGGCAGUUGCCGAGCUGGUUCUUGAUGGCAUAUUUUUUUGUAGCAUAUCUUGGAGUGGUGAGAAGGAAGGAAUGGCCUCACUAUUUCAGAUUUCAUGUGGUAAUGGGCAUGUUGUUGGAGAUUGCCUUGCAGGUGAUAGGGACUGUGAGCCGUUGGAUGCCACUUGCUGUCUACUGGGGUAAAGUGGGGUUGCACUUCUGGACAGCUGUGGCAUUUGCUUACCUUUUCACAGUCUUGGAGUGUAUACGUUGUGCUCUUGCUGGCAUGUAUGCUGACAUCCCUUUUGUCUGUGAUGCUGCAUAUAUUCAAAUUCCAUACGAUUAAGGAUGGAAAGCAGAAAACAGAAUUCGGUUGUCGGUCCAUUGCUGCAUAUGUUCGCUCUUAUUGUAUGACAGACUUUGUGAGAAGAAACUUGUUUUGUUGUUAAAACCUGCCGUGUGUAAAUUUUUUCAUUGGAUGAGUUAUGUUUGUGCUGUUGCAGGAUCCUC